AUGUUCCAUGUCUUGAGGAAUCGAGAAAAUUCUGUGUCGAUGAGCUCUGCGAAGUCGAACGUUACGAUCUAUCAAUCUCGCAAAUCUCCAAAGACCAUGCUUUUGUCGUCGCAAUCGAAGGUGAAUAGAUUGAAAGAUGAGAGAGAGAAUAGCUUAAAAGAGAAAAACGUCGUUGAAAGAGCUUGCAUAGCGGUGACCGACACAGAGGAGUUCACCGUCAGGUACGGACCUUCACUCGAUGAGGACAUCACUAGUGGCUGUUUCAGUGAGAAGAGCUUGGUGGAAUGUUGUGGAGAGCUUUACAUUGUCGAUCGUAUCCUUCAAGGAAAAUUUCGAAAGCGAAAAGUUGAUAACUACGAUGAUAACGAGAUUUAUGUUGUUCGUUUUCCUCAGUUAAACUGUGCGAUACAUGACGAUGUUGGGAUUGAGAAAUGUCAAGUAUCACAAGGAAAAUGUUCCAAUACGCCGUGGGAGACGUAUAAAGUUGAUCGAAGAUUGGGAGUUSAAGGAGGAGGAGAAAGUGUAAGGAAAUGGCGAGAAUUGUCAAGUGGUGGUCGGAGAAAUCGGAGAGAAACAAACUCUUAG